GAGUGAUAUUUCACGUUGAUGACCUUCUAUUGGAAUCUAGGAGACCUCGGGAAAUCCCAGUCCGAGCAAUGGAAGAAAAGCCCACGUCAGUUGCUGCAUUAGCUUCAAAAUUCAACCACAAGACCAGCACCACCUUGGAAAAGGACGAGAAACUCCCCAGAGGACCAAUUCGGAAAAAACCUCCUUGCUCACUUCCUCUAUUUGGUAUUAGGAAUAAUUUGAAAACUGAAACAGACCAUAAUGGAGAGCAGAAGCCACCAAUUAACGAAGCCUUUCGUCAGCCAAAACUGAAAAUGAAAAACUCCUCUGCUCUCAUUGAGAAGCUCCAGGCCACCUUGCAUUUCUCCCCGACUGCCCUGAUGCCUGGGCUCGGUCCAAAGAGCCCGCUGAAGUCGCCCUUCUCGCCGUUUGCCAGUCCUGCCUCCACUCCUGAAAGCCCUGGAACAGCCUCGCUGUCCAGUGAGUCAGACGGGAGUGUGUCCUUGGACCAACCAAAGGAAGCUGAACCUUUACAGAGCCUGCACAAGAGUCGAGCUCGGCCGUCUCUGAAGCGCCGCCCCCCGAGCAGACGAUUUAGGAGGUCGGUGACUGACGACGUUGGCGACCCGGAACAGCAGGACAACGCGGCCCAGACGGCAGACGCCAAACCCAGCGUGUCAGCGGAGGAUGCCAGCGAUGAGGUUUUUGCUGAGGAUGUUCAAAUCAGUAAUGGGGAGGCCAACUCCUCGGCCGAGGCAGAGGCAAGCACUUCACCUCGCUCCUCCACCGAGGGGGAGGCGGCUCCUUCCCACUCCUCGGCUGAGGAUAAUGUCCAUUCUUCACCUCAAUCGGCCAAAGGGGAGGCAAAUCCUCGCUCCUCCACCCAGGGGGAUGUCCACUCUUCACAUCAAUCGGCUGAAAGGGAGACUCUCUCUUCACCUCUCUCCACGGUCAAGGGGGAGGCAAGCCCUUCAGCUCAAUUGGCCGAGUCGGAGGCUCUCUCUUCACCUCGAUCUGUUGAGGGGGAGACUCUCUCUUCACCUCGCUCCUCCUCCGAGGGGGAUGUCCACACUUCACCUUGCUCCUCAGUCGACCUGUCACCCGAAGAACCAGCACGGAAGAUGCCCAGUGACCCUGUGGCUCCUCAGAGCCAGGAGCCUGAAGUACGUUCUGUUCCGGACCAAUGUGAGAACCUUGAGGAAAACGGUAUUGCUCCAAAGGCGGUUGUGGAAUCUAUAGACAAAGACACUGAGACCCCCAACAGUAUUGCUCAUAACCCAGCGGGAAGUGAGACUGUUUCUGCUGUGUCUCGUCAAGAGCCGGGCACCGAGGAAGCAAAGGCGAUGGACAAGGAGCCGCAAGUGGCCAAUGCAGAGGGAGAGUCUUCUGGAGCAGUUGAAUAAUCAGGAUGUGCCACAGAUGUAACUGAGGCAGCAUUGACUGGGAACUUCUGGGCUCUGCAGCUGAUCAAUUACGUUGUCACCCUUCUCGGUGAAAGGAGGAAGAAAAGAGAUUACUCGUGUCUUGCCGAACUUUCCAUGUGUUCAUCUGCUGGUGUUUGUGUGCAUUGCUGUAUCAGUCUAGCUGUACAUCCACGCUUCCGCUGGUGGCUCAGGGUCCUGGCCGUCUGCACGUUUCCUCAGCAAGGCAGUAACUCGCACAGGGGUGACAUCUCACAAAACACGCUGCACAGCCCUUUCCUGAAAGUAAAUGUGUGUGAUGUGUACACAUGCAGGGGCUGCUGGCUCUAACUUCAUGUGAAUGUGAGACGAUGCUUUUUUAAACACAAGAACAUGUUUAAAUUAUGGUUCUAUGAAGUUGGCACAUUGACAAAUUAUUUCAACUUGGAGUGGACAGGGUGAGAUUUCAGAUCCUGGAAUUUGUUACAGACUCAGACACGUGACUGGCCUGAACUCCACUGGCAUCUCGUUAGGAAGAGAGGGCCCUCAAUUAUUUCACACAUGUAUUCUCUGUUAAAUCCUUCUUGGAUCUUCCUCGUUGGUCAAAUGAGACUGUGGAGGUAUGGACAACCUCUCUGAUUAUCCACCAGGCAUAAUGGUAGCCAGGCAGUGAGAGCCAAACACUAGGGGUUAGUUACUAAAUAUUCUGUUAAUAAGAUUAAUGUCUUCAAAAGUCCACUUAGAUGGUUGUUCAAAACCACUUCCAUUAUAAGCCAGAAAAUGUAUUUGUCCUUAACUUCGGCAUUUAGGGAGCCAUCAUUAAAAUGAGUUCAUUAAACAUGUAACUUGACACUUUCUGCAUGGUAUACGUUGGUGGCACAUCCCCUUCGAUGUUGUCUUUGUUUCGAAUGGAUGAGUAGGCCUCUGCAUCAUUUUGAUGUAAAUAUUGUUCCAUUCACUCGUUUUGCCAAAGAUUCAGUCUUUCUAUAACAUAGAAGUGCACAUGCAUCUUUCACCAGGACACCAGGUUACACUUACACUGGAGAGGAGCACUCAAGAGGUAAAUCACGAUAAUGUUGGUUGAACGAAAGCUCAAUUCUUUGAUAAUUGUAAUUCCCGUUGGUCACGUAGCCAGCCUAACGUCAGAUGGCAGAGCUGUGAUCCCCUCCCAAUGAACAGAGCCAUUCAAUAGUUCAUUAUCUUCUGACCGAGCAUGUCAGCAGAUGACUGGGAUGAUGAUGUGGUUAUACUUAAUUGAUGAAUUAGUUCUUUGUGUAAAAAAAACUACACAGUAACUCCAACCUAACUUUAGAAUGAUUAUCCUGGUAUGGUAUUUUCUAAAAACGUUGAAAUUCUGCAAUUGGGAGGAGGGUCUGACAAUACUGCAUCAAGAAUCCGUCUCUCUCGACUUGGAAUUGAUUAUAUGUGUAGUGGCAGUGUCUGAGCUUCCCCACAGCAUGCCCGCCUCUUUCACAAUGCUUGUCCCAAACUCCAGCCUGUACAUGAACUCCUGGUGCCAUGUGUUGUGUUCUAACAGCACAAUGGACAAGCUGAUCUCCACUCCCUCCCUGGCAUGAAGCUGCUUCUAUUUAACAUUGGUUCACCAUUACCUUUACAGGGUUCAUGAUGGGACGUUGUCUGCCGAUUAAGAAAUAUUGCUUUCACAAAACCCAGACGUAACUAGCAUCUUUAUACUUCACAUUUGCUCUUUACUUCAAGUGAUCACAUUCUGCAACUCUUACCCUGACGUUUUCCUGUGUCAGUCCUGUCACAGUGGCCAAGCGUGCAAGAUACCCACCAACAGUUCACCAUUGCCAACCGCUGAAUGGUCUUCUAUUGUCCAGAACAGUAUGAUGCAGUUCCAUCUCUUGUGAAUAGCUUUUUUUUUAAAUCAUCAAGUGGGGAGAUGGCAUAUUUGUGAAGCAAGUUACAUAAACUAGCAAAUGCAAGCUGAAGUAUUACAAAGCACUGUAGCAGCUUUACAGAAUGGCGAUCUCCCCCUGUAUAAAUACUGCUGAGAUAUACCGGCCAAUCCUCAAAAUGUGAGUUUAGAAAUAAGCUGCAGAAAUACAAAACUGCUGAAAAGUUUGCUACUUCUAGGAAGGCAGUAAAAUUGCCUGGGUUGCAGUAUUAAUGCCAAAGUCUGAGAUUCAAACUUAUUCCAGUGUUUCAGUGGGGAUAAAUCUAUCAUCAGAGUUUGCCUCCUUUCACACAGUAUUAUUCCUCUUGAAGAUUCAACUUUUUACAUCAGUGUCUAAAGUAACGUGACUUAUUAUUGUGACUUAUCGUAACUUCAACCAAUAAACACGUUUCACAUUUCAUGACUUCAUCUCAUCUACAUCAGAAGGUGAUUUAUGUUUAUUAUGACAAGGCAUUUUGGUCAGUGUUAUAAAUGUAAAUCCAAAUCACUUACCUUUCCAAACUGGAUUCUCUGAGUUUGUUAUCAGUUUGAAGAAAGAAUGACAA